AUGGCACCCGAUACUUCCAAGCUUCCCGCGCUGUUUCGCCAAAUCAAAGAUGAAUUCCCAAGCUCUAUUAGUCCGCAUGGCUGGUACAUUCUGGCGGCCUCUGCCCUGAUCACCGUAUCUAACCCCGCAAACAUCAAUUUUCUCUACGAAUUCCUCAUUGCUCAACCAGAAUGGUCUACUCAUGAGCAGCGCAAGGUACUGAGUCGCCGACUGCGAGAGCAGAUGUUAAAGCAAUGGACGGUGGUUGGGAUUCCCAAGGUGAUCACCGCCGUCCGGGCGCUCGCAACGGUGGAGGCACCGGAGGAUGCAGACGACUCGUUUAGCAAGGAGGGCGAGACCAUGUCUCCGGAAACAAGAGCCCGCGGGCGAGAGCUGUGUCAUGCCAUCUACGGCGAGGACCGGUUCGAGGAUAUCAUGGCGAGCUGGGGUAGCAUGAGGACCGACAUCACCUGGACAGCCGACAACAUCAUCUAUGGGAUCUUCCUCUCAGAUGAAAGAAUCCUGAAUCGCCAAGAAACGACCAUUAUGUCCUAUUCCUGCAUGGCGUGCAUGGGGCUUCUGGGCACGUCUCGGCGGCACUUGGUCGGCCUACGCAAGAACGGCGCGAGCGACGAGGAAUGUAACGCCGUCCGAUCAUGCACCAUGCUCAUUGCUGACUGGGCAGGGGUGGAGACCGAUAAUUGGAUCACCAUCAGGGAUUUGGCGGUUGAGCCAAAAGGAAAGGAGAUGCAUGACCAAAUCAAGAUUGGACAGAUCUAG